GGGGAAGGGAACAUUUCAACAUAAAACAGGAAACAGAAACCCGACCAUAACAACAGGUUUCCACAUUUAAGUUUCGUUUUACUUAACUCUCUGUUGUUAGAGUAUAAAUCUGUCAGCGUAGGCAUGCCACCUGCUCCAUCGGCAUUGAAAGGAUGGAAGAACCGCAGUGGUCACAUAUGUUCCAGAUUACAACAAGGAAUCUUAAACAAGGAGACUCCUGGUCUCUGGAGUUUGAUGAAAGUCUUGGGGAAGGCUACCAAAAACCGGGCUGGAAGAAGUGUAUCGUGCACACAGGUGGAAGGUUCAAUUGCACCAAGUGUGGAAGAGGCUGGUCUUCUAACAAAGUGAUGGUGGUCUGCCACAUGCGCCUGUCAAACAAGGAGGGCGUUGUCAAGGUGAGGCCCUCCCGUCAGAAGUGCAAGGAGUGCAGCGAAGCUCCAAUGGAGAAGCCCAGCAUCCGAUCCGACAACAUCGACACCUUCAUGAAGAAUCUGGUGGAGAAGAUGAGAGUAAAAUGCUACAAUGAACAGCUGGACAGAAAGAAGAAGCCUUUCAGACGCUAUGGUGGCAACAAUCCCCAUGAGCCUGCUCAUUGUGAAGCCUGUAUGCAAGGCAUCUGUCCAAGGAAUAACUUUUAAGUCAGCCUUUUUGUUAUAAAAAAAGAAAAGAGCGAUGGUUUUAUGCCUAAACUUAUAUUAGCAAAGCAUCAGUUGUAUUAGACCUUCGCUCCUGUCAUUCUGUUACAUUGUAUUGCUUCCAUCAUUUUAAUAUGAUAACCAAAUGCAUUUAAGCUUUCAUAUUUAUUCUUGUUGGUUUCUUCUUGUUGUCAUUUUCUUUAAAAUAUGUAUUUGCCUGCUUAAAAGCAUUAAACCAGCCUUCUUACAAACAGAAAUGUAAUAGAUAAUGAAAUCUUAUACAAGCAAUAAACUACAUGUAUUUGUGA